CCAAUUGUGCCAUCUUUCACAAGCAAAGAACUCCCCCAAACUUCCUAACAAAACCUUUCGAAACACCAAAAACAGAAAAUGCAGAGAAUUCUCAAACUCAAGCAACUUGCUUCCAAUUUUCCCAAAGCACCCAUCAACACCACUACCUUCUCCAACUCUCUCACCACCAUCAAAAACCCUCUUUUCAGCUCUUUUUCAAGACACCCAUUUCACAGUAAUCUUUCAUGGAGUGCGCACCACACUCUGCCAUUGAAAGCUGACACCUUUCUCUUCAACCCAUUACUUGUGCAGCGCUCUUUCUUGUGUUUCUCAAGUACCCAGAUGAGGAAAUGUUUGUUUGAUUGCAAAGUUUUGUUCUUGAGGGCUCAGUUACCAAAACGAAGUUUUCAGUUCACUCCAAGUUCUCGUUCUUCUGGCUGGAGAUCAUGGUUCCACCGACUAACAGCUAAUGACGUUGUUUUGGGCUUGAUUAUAACUAAUGUUGCUGUUUUUUUAUUAUGGCGAAUUGCAGAUCAGAGUUUUAUGGUGAAAAACUUUACUGUUUCAUUAGACAAUGUUUUACAUGGACGUGUGCAUACAAUGAUAACUUCUGCAUUCAGUCAUGUUGACAUGGAGCACAUUGUGUCAAACAUGAUUGGACUUUACUUCUUCGGAAUGAAUAUUGGGAACACUCUUGGACCAGAAUAUUUGCUGAAGUUGUAUCUAGCCGGGGCUAUUGGUGGUUCAGUGUUCUAUUUAGUGCACCAUGCAUUUCUGGCUAUGUCAUCAAAGGGGCAAGGCAUGUGGCAGAAGGACCCUUCCAGGACUCCUGCAUUAGGGGCAAGUGGGGCUGUAAAUGCUAUCAUGCUACUUAAUAUAUUCCUGAAUCCGAAGGCUACUAUCUAUCUUGACUUUAUUAUACCUGUGCCUGCCAUGUUAUUGGGAGUCUUUCUAAUUGGUAAAGAUGUUUUGAGGAUAGUAGAGGGAAAUAGUAAUAUCUCAGGAUCAGCUCAUUUGGGAGGUGUUGCUGUCGCAGCUAUAGCAUGGGCUCGAAUUCGAAGGGGACUUUUCUAGUUUCUUGAUUGAUCAGCUAACUCUUUACAUCACA